AUGAAGUUCGCGUCUCUGAUUAUAUCCUUUGUCCUGAUUGUGGUUUUGACCUCGCAACUGGAGGCUCGGUUGCUCCUGAGUAAUGGCAAUGGUUUCUUUUGCCUGUGGAAUUCCAAGAGAUCCUGCUCCAAAAGCACUCCUAGAUGCCUCCGGUUGCAGAUAGAUGCAACUCCCACAUAUAUGUGCAAGUACUAUUGGAAUGAUUGCCAGUAUCUUCUCGAUAACUGCAAAGGAGUGACAGUUUUUGGCCAGGGGGAACCCGUUGAUGUAUCUACAUGCGUUACGAAUAAUAUUGCAAUUGGUUCAACUGGAAUAUGCACUUAG